CAUGACCAAACUGCCAGGCCACACUGCUUCUCUCGCACCUAUUCCUCCUUCACCGCAAUGUCUCUUUCAUCGGAGUACUCUGCCGCCGGUUAUUUGUUCUGCCGCGAGGACGCCGCCGACAUCACCAUCGGCGAACUCAUCGACGUAGAGUCACACCUGAUGCCGAGCCAAGAUUACCUGAAUCGCCUCCGUAAUUGUCCGAUCGACUUCACCAAUCGCCAGAAGUCCACUAACUGGAUCUUCAAGGUGCACGCCCAUUACCAGUUUCGUCCGGUGACGGCGUUACUCUCCGUCAACUACUUCGACCGUUUCCUCUCGUGCUCUUCUCUUCCGCCAGCUGGGUGGCCGUUUCAGCUAUUAUCAGUGGCGUGCUUGUCUCUUGCGGCGAAAAUGGAGGAACGUCGAAUCCCGAACUUGCUAGACCUGCAAAUAUUCGAUCCCGGCUUCGUUUUUGAAUCCAAGUCGGUUCAGAGGAUGGAGCUCUGGAUCAUGUCCCAACUCAACUGGAGAUUGCGAUCUGUCACGCCCUUCGAUUACCUCCAUUACUUCUUCUCCAAGCUCCCUGCGUCCUCAUCCGAUCCUAAACCCGGAUCGGCGACCCGGUUGUUCAGAGCCUCCCAGUUCAUUCUUACCACCACCCGCGUGCUCGAUUUCUUGAGAUUCGCACCGUCAAGUAUUGCCGCCGCCGCCGUGCUCUGUUCGGCCGGCGUAGCCUCUGACGUCUACCCCCAAUCACUGCCGUGUUUUCAUGACAGCAUGAACAAAGAAAUGAUGAGAAGCUGUCAUCGACUAAUGGAGACGUACGUGGAUGACACGUGUCGCGGGAACGAGGCGGCUCCUCCUUCAAGUCCAGCAGGUGUGCUCGACGCCGCCGCCGCCGCCGCUCAUGCGGGCUCCGACACCCGUUCUGAGAACGCAGGCUCCGCCGCCACUACCCAAACCGACCAGCGGCGGAGGAAGCGGCUGCGAUCCUCUGCACCGAAUGUACAGGCAGUUUAG